CUUUGGUUUUUCCAAACGACACUCAAGAACGGAACUACAUGUACUUGCAGAUACUAAGUAAGAAGUACUAAAAAACCUCCUGCGGUAAAAAUAAUAAAAGCUGAAGAGGAAUGCCUGACCAAAAUAUGGAAGAAAUUGAAGAAAACCCAUCCUCUGAGUGCGAUACAGCUUCGGAAUCCGAACCAGAAACGCAAAWAAUCCCUAGUUCUUCACGUUCGCCGUUCAACAAAAAUAUGGGUCGACGAUGUGCAUCCGUCGAGCGUCUCAAAGAAGAAACUCGACUCGUUUUACUAGACUUUUUAGGUUCUCUACCCGCCGAAAAACUAACUGCAAGGAAUUUUUCGGAGUCGGAGAAUCGUCCUGAACGAUUAAAACAAGCUUUAGCAGUUGCAAAAAGUAAUAGCGAUGCRGCUGCUUAUGAGUCAAAUAGAAAACGCUUCCAACAAAUGGCUGUUCCUCUUCGGCGGAAACUUUCGCUUAACUUGAAGACCGAAAUAGAAAGUUUUAAUCCUMGCUAUGGACUCAAAAGAAGAAGUGCUGAAAGUGCACGAACGCAAACAAGGAAACUUCAAAAAAGUUCCAUUGUUUAUGAGAGAGACAGUUCGAAAGUUAGGGAAAGACGGGAAAGACCCCGAAACCUAAAUAUUCCACCAAACACCGAUUACAACAAUGACUGUCUGAUAGUUUCUACCCCUGUGCUGUCACCUGAAGGAAGGGUAGCUGUCAUGCUUGAAAAAAUAGGCCAGGACAUCAUGGACACAUACCCUCAUUUAUUGGACGAGCCAUUAGAAUUAACACGGGGAUGGAAUUUUGAGGAUUUUACGUAUGAACAAUUUGAAAAGGCAGCAAGAAAAGUUACUAUAGACAGCAGUAAUAAAAAACGUUUUGUUGGAUGGUCUAAGAUUGCAUUGCUUUGCUAUUUUGCAAGAGAAAUAACCCUAGAAACACCAACAGAACUUAAUGAUAAAGAUCUGGUCAAACUGGCAGAGUAUACAGUGAGGUUUAUUGAAGAAACUACUGGAGAAUGGAUGGAAAAGCAGGGAGGAUGGGUAGGUCAAAAUCUCUAGUUUUUUAAAUUUAUAAGAGAAUUUCUGAUAUUAAAGCUAUAAACCUUUUCGAAGAUAAUGAAAUGCUGCAUAACGUGUGUGGUCUGAUUUGUGCUCAAUCAUCUUGUGUCCAUCUAUGGYCCAUCAUGCCUUCUAUGGUGUUGUUUGUAGUACCCAAUUUAGAUCAUAAUMCAUCAUGUUUAUCAAACUCAACUUGAAGUGCUCACUA